AUGACUGAGGUGCGGCGCAUACCCGGCUCCAAGCUCUUAAUCACCAAGGCUCUGAGUUGUGUACAGAAAACGUUGUCGGUGUGUGAGGGUUUGACCGCAGUAGCGGAUGUGCCGCACCUAUUGGAGGUUGCACAACGGCCUGCACCGAUACCGGCCUACGCGUUCACUACUACAUCUACCGUACUCUCAUUCAUCAGUAUAGAGCAAGACUCGGGAAGGAACGCGAGUGAUACAGGCGCCGAGAAGUACAUUGCAGGGGAUCCCACGGGAUGCAUACGUGUUUUGUUCCCAUCCCACCUAAAACCGACAGACUCACCUGCAGGCAAAACCUAUGUUGUCACAGACGUGGCGAUUGCGGUGAGAAGUGGUGUGAUAUACUUUGAAAUCAUAGAAGGCACAAGGCUGCUGCUUUGUCAGGGUCGUCCCGAAUUUCACGUUCGGCGCGACAACGACGUUUCCCGCAACUGCCUGUGUGAAGUGCAGCACAAUGAACGCAGUGAUAUCAUGCAAUUUAUACCUUAG